AAAUUAAAAAAAAAAAAGGUAAAAAGGAAAACCCACUGAUCUCUAUUUCUCUGAAGCUUCUCCACACUUUCGCUCAGCCGUAGCAAACGGAGAGCCAGUACCACCGGCCCAAGCUAGGGUUUCUGGCGGGCCGCGAAACUUUCACUGUUUCUCAAAGCUUCUCCGAAAGAACUUUCAGACAACUAAUCUAUUUUUUUUUUCUUUUGCCUGAAGUUUCCAAUGACGAGGGCCCCAGCUGCAGCAGUGAACACGGGAGGCCGAACUUCAGUCCGAAUUGUUGUCGCUGGAGACCGUGGGACUGGGAAAUCAAGCUUGAUUGUCACCGCCGCGGCCGAAAGUUUUCCGCAGAAUGUCCCUCCAGUUCUGCCACCGACAAGGCUGCCGGAAAAUUUCUACCCUGAGCAAGUGCCCAUUACAAUCAUCGAUACCUCAUCUCGUGCGGAGGAUAAUGGUAAGGUUGCUGAAGAGUUGAUUCGGGCUGAUGCUGUUGUGCUUACCUAUGCAUGUGAUCAGCCACAGACACUGGACCGUUUGAGUACUUUCUGGCUUCCCAAACUUCGUCAACUAGAGGUGAGGGUCCCAGUUAUAGUGGUCGGCUGUAAACUGGAUUUAAGAGAUGAGAACUAUCAAGUGAGCCUGGAACAUGUGAUGUCACCAAUUAUGCAGCAGUUUCGGGAAAUUGAGACUUGCAUUGAAUGUUCAGCAGCAAAACUGAUUCAGAUUCCUGAGGUUUUCUAUUAUGCACAAAAAGCUGUGCUUCAUCCAACAGCUCCACUGUUUGACCAAGAAACGCAGACUUUGAGGCCCCGAUGUGUACGUGCCCUAAAGCGGAUUUUUAUUCUUUGUGACCAUGACAGGGAUGGUGCUCUCAGUGAUGCAGAGUUGAACGAUUUCCAGGUUAAAUGUUUCAAUGCACCAUUACAAGCUUCUGAAAUAGUGGGUGUUAAGAGGGUCGUGCAAGAAAAGUUGCCUGAAGGAGUCAAUGAACGUGGCCUUACUUUGACAGGAUUCCUAUUCCUUCAUGCACUAUUCAUUGAAAAGGGGCGUCUAGAAACUACAUGGACUGUCCUGAGGAAAUUUGGAUACAACAAUGAUAUAAAACUUAGAGAUGAUCUCAUCCCAUCUCCGUUGAAAAGAGCUCCUGAUCAGAGUGUGGAGCUGACAAAUGAAGCUAUUGAGUUUCUCAAGGGGAUUUUUGACUUGUUUGAUGGUGAUGGUGAUGGGACACUCCGACCUCGUGAAGUUGAAGAAAUAUUUUCUACUGCUCCAGAAUGUCCUUUUACACAGGCGCCUUAUAUGGAUGCUGGAGAGAGAAACGCAUUUGGAGCGCUAUCACUUAAUGGCUUUUUAUCAGAGUGGGCCCUCAUGACACUCCUAGACCCAACUUUUAGCAUGGAGAAUCUGAUUUACAUUGGUUAUACUGGUGACAUUUCAUCUGCUAUUCGUAUAACUAGAAAGAGGCGUUUAGAUCGCAAGAAGCAACAAUCAGACAGAAAUGUUUUCCAAUGCUUUGUAUUUGGCCCUAAGAAGUCUGGAAAGUCUGCAUUACUGGAUUCGUUUCUUGGAAGGCCACUUCCUGAUGUUUACACUCCAACCACUGAGGAUCGCUAUGCAGCCAAUAUUGUUGAACAACCUGGGGGAACUUUAAAAACCCUUGUGUUACGAGAGAUUCCUGAAGACGGAGUUAGAAAACUUUUAUCAAGUAAAGAGUCUUUGGCUGCUUGUGAUGUAGCAGUUUUUGUUCAUGACAGUUCUGAUGAGUCAUCCUGGAAAAGAGCAACUGAGUUUCUGGUUGAAGUUGCUGGUCAUGGUGAGGAUACUGGCUAUGAGGUGCCUUGUCUAAUUGUAGCAGCUAAAGACGAUCUGGAUUCUUUCCCAUUGGCCAUACAGCAUUCUACAAGGGUUAGUCAGGAUAUGGGAGUAGAGGCUCCUAUACCUAUCAGCACAAAAUUGGUUGAUUUCAAUAAUGUAUUCCGUAAGAUUGUAAGUGCUGCUGAACAUCCGCAUUUGAGCAUUCCUGAAACUGAAGCCGGAAGAACCCGCAAGCAGUACAAUCGCCUCAUAAAUCGAUCUCUUAUGUUCGUUUCUGUGGGAGCUGCAGUUGCCAUUGUUGGACUGGCAGCUUAUCGUGUAUACUCUGCAAGAAAGAGUGCCUCUGGUUAAGGAUCGAUCAGCUAAGCUGGGGCCUGCUUUCGGUGGUUGUUUGGGGGCUAUGAUCUUCAAAUUCCCGCUCUGUUGGGGUUCUUUUAGAUGCUUUGUGUAGAGAAAUUAAAAUUCUAUCCAAUUAUCGCACAUAUUAAGCUUUUAUAUUCAACUCUUGCUUUCUUGUUAGGAUUUUAGGAAGUGGGCUGAGUUUUACUUAUAGCCAACUUGUUUACCAUUUAGGAUCGUUCCUAAUGGGGCAGUGGUUGAAGGGUUUUUUGAAGUAGAAUAUUAGCAGAUACACAAUGGAAUUAAUUCUUGUGCAGAACGUGGAAUGAGAAAAUUUUUGCCUGAAA